AUGGUCCAGGUUUUUUGCUGGAUCGGCACGCACGAACCAGAGCGAGCGGCUUUGCAAGAGCACCCGCUGGGCUGCAAUCUUUCGCAUGAUCAGAUUCUUGCUGCAGCACGAAUUGAAGCCGAUUUCGUCAAUCAGCCGUUGUCUCUGCUUCAGCCAGAUCAGAAGUGGCAACGCAACCUGUGGCAAAGCAUAUUCAGCAUUGAUUUUCUACGGAAUGAUUUGUAUUUCUUCCGAGUGUGCGAUUUGGUUCCUUUCGAGCAGCCCAUUUGUUUGCCAGUAACAGACCGACGGCGUUUGCAAAAUUUUUUCUGCAAGCUGGACCCUCAUGCUCCUGGAGAUCUGUUCCGGAAAUUAGCUUCGGAGGGCAAGGAAGAAGAGUGGCUAGUUGACGACUGCAAUGCAUAUUUGUUCGUGCGUUUGCCAUCAGCAGUGGCCUACCACGUGGCAGCAGGCCUGUGGCAGUCAUUCGCUUUGCCAGACCCUCCCAAGGGCGCCCUUUCUUCUGUGGGUGUGCGCUUGAAAAAAAAGAUCAUGGGUUGGCACUUCAUUCAGGGACUUGUUCGGGAGUUCGUCCUUCCAAGCUUGGAGGAUCUGGACCAGGAGAGCAACCUGCCGGGAACAUCGUUUUCAGCUGAUUCCGCUGGGCAUGCUGCAGAACUUAUACGUGUGAUGUCUGCGCGUUUUCUUUCAGAUGACGACUCAGACCUUUUGCAGCAGUGCUCGCGUGCCGUCGCAGAGUUGCAGCAUUUUCAGGAUGAUAUGGGAUCAGGGAGCAUGAUGCACCGGGUGUUUCAGUCCAGAGGGAGAGUCUGUAGCUCCAGAAUGGCAUAUCGGUCAACAUUCCUGAUUCAAUGCCUUUUGUUGUGUAGCCACCUGCGUGAUGCUGGGGACUUGAAGCAAGUACUCGUGCAAGCAGUGAAACUUGUGCUGCCAAAAUCCUUGGCAGAGAUUGUGCUUGAAGCCCUUGAAGGAGAGGACAGUGACAGGGUCCGCUUGCCGAGUGCGGCCAGGAUUUCGAGGGCUCGCAUGACCGUCGACUCUGCCUACAUGCUUCACUGCCGGCGAAAAAAUCAGCAAGACUGUGCAAAUGGUGGGGUGCUGCGAUACGUGAUGGUGGAUUCCUCGGUGCAAGGGCAUUACGAUUUCGAGUUGAUUCGGGUCACAAGCAUGAGAACUUCUGAUAGUGGCAACAUGUAUCUCUUAGCCCAAGAAGCUUACAACAUGUGGGAAAGUGUUGUUUCGGAAGUGGCCGCGUGUGUUUUUCCGGAUGAAGAAGACUUGGCCAAGCACAUUGCCGAGACCAAAGAGAAAGAGCAGCUGCUGCAUGCACAAAUCUGUGCAGGCUUGGAGGUGCACCUACUCCCAGCAGUGGUUCUUUGCAGCGGACACAGCAGUUUGUUCCACAAGUUUCAUACGACAGUUCAUGCUUUUUGGCUUGAGACCGGCAACCCGCUUGCGUUGCAAGAGUACUGCAAAAGCAUAUUUUCGUUUACAACAGAUCAAGGCGUAGAGUACAACAUUCGGAAAGUACCACCAAUUCCUGUGAAGACGCUUUUUCCGUGGGUUCCAAGCAGCAUUCCUGAAGAAACCGAAGAGCUUUCACUCGCGCCUCUGCGUGAACAUCAGUUGGAGCUGGAUGCCGAGGUAGACUUCACACGAUCAUGCGGGAUCGCCGGUUUACUUCACAUUAUGCACAACAGCACCAUGGACUUAGGUCGAUCCAUGACGACCUUCGAUUCGGUAGUGAAGAAAAUGGCUCAUCUUUCCAAAUUCUUGGCCCGAAAGGAUCCCAAAGAUCGUUUGCUGAAGUCUUGCUUCAGUGGCCCUAUAACACAGCAUUUGCAGAAGGAGAUCAAAGCCUUGAAAGUGAAGUUGAACCCCUCCCGAUGGGGUUCCAUAGCAGUUUGUGUUUCAGAGUUGCUAAAAGUAGAAGCCGCUCUCCGGUAUGCGUGGGAUUCAGAGAAAUACGGCAGCUCGCGGCCUGGCGAUGCUGCAGCUCAACAUGGCAGCAGCGUGGACCUUUCGAUCGUCAAUGAUGCAAUCUCGGACCCCGAUUUCUGGGGAAACUUGCACAUGCUUGAAAGCUUGGCCAGAGUGAUUCAGGGUUGCCUGACAUGGAUAGGCUGCCCGUGCCAUUGGGAAUUGUGGGAUAUCACAGACCUCGAAUUUCCAAAGGAUGUUCAAGCUGUGUGGAGGGCUUGCCCUCUUCGUGGAUGCCGGGCACCAGAAAUCGCUGAAGGUGCUUUUCAGCGACUCUUGCUAGAUCUUAGCAAUAAGAGGGCCUCUGAGCUGCUGACGACCCUGCCACGAGAACUGAGUCCAGAGUCACGGGCACUGUUGCUGCAAGAGUUUGAACGUGCCAGGUCGCACUUGGUUUUCAUUGUGAAUCUGCGGCUGGACCACUGGAGGAAGCCUCCCUGGUGUGUUUUCGGCUGUGCCCAUCCUUCUGCAAAUGUCCGGAAAAGGUUUCUCCGGACCUGUCUGCAGAUUCCUGCAGACACACCACUUGUUGCAGAGCUACAAGAGCGAAGCAUGCGUGAACAAGUAUUGCAAUUCUUGGAUGACGAAGCAGACCUGGAUGCCUUGCCGCUGCUAGCCAAGUUCCUAGGCCGUCUGUAUUUUUGCCCAGUGGCCGAGAGAGCCGUGGAGGGCGAUCACGCCCAGGUCCACAAGAAGAUCGCCUUGGCUCGCAACCACACCGCUGCGUACGUGAGCCUGGCCCGCAGGAUGAGAUCCAUUCGAGAUGCGAUUGCAGCCGAUCCGAACAUGCUUGACACUUUGGCCGGGUACCAUGACCAAGUUCACUCUGGGCCCAGGGUUUUGCAAGCAUUGGGAUUAGCCCAUCACCCUUCAGCUGCGUACAUAAAGCACUACAGGGACCCGAUGCACCUUAAAAUCAUUUACCAUUGUGACCCUGCGACUAUGUUUCAGCCAGCAUUGAAGAUAGUGUCUCCUGAUCCUCCAACGCAACCUCCGCAUGCAAAAGCUCUGCUCCCGCCCCCAGAUGAAGGGCAAUCGCAGGAUCCGCAGGCCAGUCAGCGACCGGAAAAGUUGCCACUGCGUAGGAUAAUCGGAAAGAAGGCUGGGCCCGCUCUGAUGCCACCAGCUGCAGAUUCUACAGAUCAGGUUGCGGCUGCAGCUGAGACUUUGCAACUCGAAAGGCCAACAGCUUGCGAGCCCGACAGUGUGCUCAGGCAUUACAUUCUGCAGGCAAUGUCGGUCAUGCUCGAGGAGAACACUGGUGCCGUUGACAGUGUUUACUCUGUCCCUUUUGCUGAGGAAGCACUGCGCAGUCUUGGCUUUGUGUCUUUGGUGAAUUCUGAAAAGGACGAGAGUCGUGAGCGGUCACUGGACUUGAAUCGGAUGGCAAUGCGGGGGCACGUGUUCUUGCAGCUGGUUAGAAAGGCUUUAGGAAGAGUGGUGCUUCCGGAAGCAACCGGUCUGAAUCAACAUGAUUCGGCAGUGAAUUUCCUGGAGGUUCAGGGCGUGCGCAAGAUAACAGAUGCAUCGUACGAGGUGGAUGUGGGUUCUUCGCCGAUUUGCCUUACAAGCCUGGAGCAGAAUCUAACCCCUGUGGUCUUGUCUCUAGAUGCUUUGCCUCUGGAGUCACUUCUGGGUUUGCGGUUAUGGAAGCAAGGGCCCAUGUUGCACAACAAGUUUGUCGCACCGGACAUGAAUGCAGAUGAUGCAAAGCUGUAUGCAUCCACGGCUUGCGAGUCCUUGUUGCAGGAUCUCCUGGCAGGUGGACCUUUUUCUUUGCCGGGGCAAGAUUCCAUGUACCGGGACAAGUCCAAGUUGCUGGGCCUGCUGCUCAGUCAAGGCUUCGUUCUUAAAAACGAACAUGGAGGUUGGUCCCUGACUUCAGCAGGACAUGCUUGUGUGUCUGUGAGCACGGUCUUGCUCAGUCAAGAGCGAUUGGUGCGAGUUCGCGACGUUCCUUUUUCAGAUAUGGAAGUCAUGGAGCUUCUUCUGACUUUGAGGAAACAGAAUUGGUCACAUCGAUUGCUUGCGUCUCGGGAGAGCCUACCUUCUGGUUCCAGCUAUGUUGAGGGCACUUCUGAGAAGACAUGGUACUCCAGGAGUGGUGAGCUUACAGUCUGCAGGGAGUAUCUGUUGUGCUUGCUGACUGCGGGAGAACACAAGCAGGCCGUACCGCACAUGCAGAAGACUUCUGUGUACUCUGCCAUUUUGGGUAAGCCAGUGAAGACAGUGCAGCGUCGGAAGCAGCAGUUCAUGUUCUUGGACGAUGAGCAUUUGCUUGGUGUUGAUGACAGCGUGGCUUUAUCUCUUGCAGCGCCUAAAAGGCGAGCUCGCAGAUCACGGACUGCCGCUCCUUCCCUUGCCCUGGAAGAUGAUGCAGAUGAUGCUGGUGGGGUCAUGGCUGAGGCGAUGCAUGAUGCAGCUGAAGCCAGCGAUGAUGAUCAUGAUGACAAUGCUCUGCCUCUUGACGAUCCAUCAGUUGCGGCUGCGGCUCCGGCUGCUGUUGGCUCCGAUCCUUCAUCAAGCUCAUCAGACUCAUCAUCGUCAUCCUCAUUCUCUGGCUCAGACUCAGACUCAGGUUCUUCAUCUUCCUCGAGCUCCAGUUCAUCCUCAGAUGGUGAUGGUGCCGGUGCUGAUGCCGGUGCCAGAACGGGACCGGGGCAUCGAAGCAGAGGGCACAAGCGUCGUACCGACAACUCCAUUUCUUGGGGCAUCUGCCGCAUCACCCCGACCCACACAGGGUACCAGAUGACAUGCAAGCAUCCGAAGCAUGGUUCUGCGACUCUCGCGUGCACGAAAACGCGAUCAUCGAACAUCGCUGGAUCCGAUAUGGCGCUGCGACUCUUGAAAACGUGGGCGCUGUGGGGAAGAAAUUCCUCCACGAAAGAUCAUCACCAAAAGAAAAUCUGGAAAGCUGUGCUGGAGGCCCAGAAAAACGGGUCGCUACCAAGCAUGGAGGAGCUUGAUGCUGCUCCAGUGAGGACAUAUCCCAGCAGAUGA